AUGAGGAACUUUUUCUUGCUUCUGCUGGUGGCAUUAAUAGCCCUGGCUGAGUCGCGCAGCAGGCGUGCCAAACGGGAGCUUUUACGGCGUUCCAAAAGAAGGUGGGUUUUGUCCACGAUUGAAUUAAUAGAGGAAGAUCCAGGACCAUACCCUAAAAAGAUUUCAAAGAUGUUCAAUAACAUGACAGGGGACCACCACGAGUUUCGUAUCACUGGAAUGGGUGUGGAUGAGCCACCACGCGGAGUGUUUGAAAUAGAUUCACACACAGGGGAUGUCAUUGCCAAUACGUUGGACAGAGAAGAGUACCCAAAGCCCUUCCAUAUCAAGUUUGACAUCAUACACCAGCACACAGGAGAUAAACUGGACAAGGAACUAGCUUUCGAUGUAGAGCUGAAGGACAUCAAUGACAACGCACCUAUGUUUGACCCUCCUCACACGACUCAAAAUGUGAAGGAAAGUACACGUGAAAGUGACUUGCCAGUAUUACUGUACAUCAUUGACAUAGAUAAGGAGAAAACACCAAACUCAGAAAUCAGUGUAAGCGUGGUUUCACAGAACCCCAAAGCGCCCAAUAUUGGUGUUCGUAUGAUAAACAAACAUCAGUACCGACUCACCCAUGACGGAUGUUUUGACUAUGAUAAAGUGAAGAAGUAUGAAGUUGUCAUCAAAGCAAAUGAUAAAGGCACACCAGUCUUGUCUUCCACUAGUAUUGUCACGCUCAACAUUGUAGACACAAACACUCAUCAACCCACAUUCAAGAAGAGAGAGUAUCAUGGGGAGGUGUCAGAGGCGAUCACUAAGAAUGAUAUUUUGAGAAUUGGAGUAGAGGAUAAAGACACUCCAAACACUCCUGGUUGGCGUGCUGUGUACUAUUUCAUAAAAGGAAAUGACGAUUUAAACUACAAAUAAACAGACCCCGUCACUAAUGAGGGAAUUCUCAGUGUCAUCAAGAAAAAGGAUUUUGAACAUACAACAAUAGCAAAGCUGCAGGUGGGAGUAAAGAACGAGGAGCCAAUAACUGUUUGUAAAGAUUAUAAAGAUGGUGGCAAAGUCAGUGAACCAACCACAGAUACAGUCAACAUUGAAAUCAAAGUGAUUGAUGUCAAUGACCCACCAGUGUUUGACAAAAAUCUAGUUGAUGUGUACCAGAAGGAAGAGGAACCGCCAGGAAGGACCCUGCACAUCCCAUCGGUUCACGAUGCAGAAAAUGACAAAGUCAGGUUAGUGUUUUCUGUGAAAGAAGAUCCAGCUUCCUGGGUGACCAUUGAUGAAAACACCGGCAGAAUCACAUCGAUUAAAAAGAUGGACAGAGAGUCGUCGUUUGUCGAUUCUGAUAGCAUUUAUAACAUUGUCAUUGAGGCCAUUGAUGAUGGUGAGCCUCAAGCCUCAAGUUCAUGCACAGUCCAGAUCCACCUGGGGGAUAGCAAUGACAAUGCGCCUCAGCUAGUCAACAAAAAUAUCUUUAUGUGUGGAAACAAGGUUAGCAAAGUCAUGGUGCAAGCCAAUGACUCAGACAUGGAUCCUUACAAAGGGCCCUUCACCUUCCAUCUGUUGGAAGAUGACAAAACUCUGGCAGAGCGAUGGAGAUUAGACCCUUCCACAGGAGAAGAAGGUGGGCUUGUUAGCCUCAAGCCACUUCCUUUUGGUACCUACUCAGUGCCCCUGCUGAUUCAUGACCAACAGAACUUGAUUGGACAGGAUACCGUGGAAGUGACAGUGUGUGACUGUGGAGACAAAGAUGUGUGCAAGGUCAGAGAGCCGCCCACAUCGAGUCUGGGGGCUGCUGCCAUUGGACUAAUAUUUGCAGGACUCCUACUGUUUUUAUUGCUGUUACUCCUUUUUAUGUGUCAGUGUGGAAAGAAACAGUUCACCAUCCCCAUUUCCGAGGAUGAGGGCAACCAGACCCUCAUCAAGUACAACCAAGAAGGAGGAGGCUCUGAGAGCAAGGCUGCGCCUACUCUGCCCAUGACUCCGAUACAGAGUGAAGCGGUGACAGACGGGAUAAAAAUGGGCUCCAAACAGAUGUCUAAAGCGGCUCCAGUAGUGAACCAGGACAUGUACACGAUGGACACGUACAACGGCUACAGUCAAACCAUGAUUAACUCUCAGAUGACCUCAAUGAAAAUGCACAAUCAGAGAGACACACUCAGGAGCUUAGGAGGGCAGAACAUGUACUCUACAUGGAAUACAAACAGGACAGAAACCUACCAGGGCGGCUCAUCAAGAUACCACCGCUCUCUCAGCCAGAGCUCCAAUCAACACAUAUCCGAUCACCUUGACAGGAGACUGCCCAUGAUUAAUGCAACCCACGUAGACUGCCCAACCGACAAUCCUCAAGAGUAUGCCUACGAGGGACAGGGCAGCAGAUCCGAGUCACUGGAUAAGCUGUCACUCAGCAACCAUGGAGAUGAUAUGAACUUUUUGAAUGAUUUGGGACCCAGGUUCAAGACCCUGGGAGGCAUUUUGCAUCAGAGAAUUCAAGAAAAAAACGUAAAGCUUUAAAGGGCACUGCUGGACUCAGUUUUUUUUUUUUUUUUUAUGUCAACAAAGUUGUUCUUUGCUCCAAAUUUUCAGACUCUGAUACUGGACCUCACUAUCUUUUGAGAGUUUUAAGGGAUUUUUUUUAUACUUAACAAUUGAAAUGACUUGGUGAAAUGGUUUCUGUCCAUGGAUUAACUAAAACAGUUGGGUUUUGUUAAUCUGAACCUUGAGGUAAGGCAUUGCACAAACUGUUAUGCUCUGGUAAUUCUGAAAAGUGACGUUUUGAUAGGGACUGGGUGUGUGUGAUAUUUUUUUCAAUUUUGCUACCUUGAAAGGGAUUUCUGCUUUGAACAGCACACAUUUCUAGCUCUGGAGUUUUAGUCAUAGCAGUAUUAAUUCAAUGUUUAAAUGUGUAUGUUUACUUGUGUUGAAAGUGGAAUAUUCCAGAGUUUGUAUAAUGUUUAAUUUCUGUUAGUCUCUACACAAAGAAUAAUCUUCUGGAAAAGAUGUCCUACAUGAAGGACAGAAAAAACUAACUUGUCAGAAAUAAUGACUGGAAUUACUGGAAGUUGAUAUCUUUCCUUCUGGUUUUUGAUUACCUGGUGACACAGUGGAAUGGAUUUACUCUACUACCAUCUUAAUGGCAAUGUUUUGCUUUGUUUACUUGUGUGCAAUUUUUGCAUCAGCUUUCUUACUCAUUUCGAAAAUGAAUAAAAUUAAU